AUGGCGCUCGAAGACCCCAACCUUAUCGUCGCCAUCGCGGCCUUCGUGGCCGCCAUCGCGGCACUCAUCUUCGCGGUUGUCCAAACGGUCGCCGCCCUUUCUCAAUACGUCCAGGUCAGCAGCCGGUGCAGCCCGCGCGUGACUGGCGUGUUCAACCUCACGGCCGGCUUCUGGUUCCACGUCUCAUCGUUAUCGUGGAACCCGCAAUAUCGCAUGCCGGUGUUGACCCUGCCCGGGUUACGUGGGGGGCAUUCGUCAUCAUCAUUAUCAGCAGCAUCCGCGUCGGAUGGGGCGAUGGAGAUGCCGAUGAUGGAGGAGGGACAGGAAGGGAAAUGGGCGAACUUUGCGCCAGGGAAGAAUUUCGACAAGGACGUGAACGGGUAUAAGGAUUACGGGAAGGUGCGGGUGGCUAGAGCGACGGACAAGCAGUUGCUGAAGGCGCGGAGGAGGGUAUCGUGGAUUCCGACGAUCGUUCUGGGCGUGGGUGCCGCGAUCUGGACGCCGAUAGGAUUGGUGCUUUCCGCGAUCGCGAUGUGCUUUUGUUUCCCUCCGGCGUUUUGUUGCGGGUGUGUUUGUUCGGGAGGGUGCGGGGGCGAGGCGGAGGACGCUGGAGACAUCGCGGCCGAGAUUGCUGGGGGCCUGAUGACACCCUUGACGUUUGCCUGGAAGCACGCGAUCCGGUACAAGGCCGUCGGCGCGCCCCAGACCAUCUCUAAUGCGCCGGGGCUCGAGUCUGCCGCGUGGUGCCAGUUUUUGAUCAACUAUCAGGAUGCGUGGUGGGGACACGCCAACGUCCGGUGGGAGUGGCGGCUGGCGACGAUGAUACCCGUGGAUGUGUACGGCGCUACGAUCGAGACCUCCAUGGCCGACUUACGGCUGCUGGCGGCCUUGGGUGGGAUGCAGGCCUCGACGGAACCGGGAGUUUUGGCCCGCGCGCGCUGUGGCGAGAUGCUCACGACGUCGCAGCACCUGAUUUUGGGGCGCAUCGCGUACUACCGCUCGGGGAGGGAGAACAUCCGGCCGAGCAUUACAAUGGAUGUGCCCGAUAAAACGUCUCGCUACCUCCAGUGCAUCAUGGCGGUGCAAAAUCACCUCCACAAGCGCUCUGCUCGGCUAGCCCCGAUCGACGGGGCCACCCUUCCGUCCGUCGUCAGUUCCCGCAAGGCCAUCGCCAAUCUUCUCUCCCGCCCUCGGACGGAAUUCGAUGCGCAGAUCGACGUCUCCCUCGGUCACUACGCAAACAUCUUGUCCACUCCCACCUUUCAAAGCCUCGCGUAUGCCCUACACUCUUCUGCGCCCCAAAUUUCAACUAAUUCCAAACAACGCCCCUCUGGUCCGGCCUGGACUUCUGAAGAAGUAAGCCUGUUCCUCGGUCCGCUCGGUGCCGGCAUCUGCGGCUGCUCCUGUCUGGCCUGCUUUCGCGAAUGGCAGAGCCGAGAGGAGCAGAAGGAUCGGACGGUAAAGAUGCGUUUGCUUAUUGGCGACCUGUCCCCCGGCGGAAGGUCGGUUCGGCUGGACCUACCGGAUUUUUGGCCGGCGCUGGGGCUACAAGCGGAAUGGGAAGUCGAUGUCACCACACCUGCUGCAACUGGUGAUAGGCCGGCCACGCCACAGAAAAAGAUGGUUAAAAUCGUUGGCCCUUUUGCGAAUGCCGUAUACGGUGGGGACGGGAAGUCGGGGCAUUACCAAGGUUCCCUAUCCGAUGCGGUGGUCAUCGAGACGCUUCGCGUGUGCCACGGGGGGUGUAAUGACCUGGCUAGGUGUGUGUGUGGCCGGAUCGCGCGAGUGGUGAGCCCAACACCGAACGAGCAACCGUCGAGAGAGGCGGUGUUUGCGGUCGCGGCUAUCAACACCAAGUGGCUGGGGAAGUGUAGCGCGAAGCUGAUGGGGGAAGCGGCGGAGUCGUUGGCCGAGUGGGUGACGCAGGCGGAUCAGGACGGCAAGUGGGUGACAGGGAUGGUGGAGAAAUCCAUUUCGGCGGCGUGGAAGGGAGAAGAAACUGCGAACAUUUUCUCCUUCGCUGAUGAGGGGAACGUCGAUCUGGUGAGAAUUGUCAUGGCGGCCACCGAGGUGUAUCUACUGGCUGUGCGGAAAACGAUCGGGACAAACAGUAUCUGGGAGGGGCCAGCAACAGCGGCUUUUGAUGAUUUCGGACCGGUGGUGCUAGGGGCUUGA